AUGUCGUCGCUGCUGAACUCGUUGGACAUGAGUCUGGACGACUUGAUUGAGAAGAAGAAAUCGUCUUCCAACAAACCCGCCCGUGAAGGUCGCAGCGGAGGUGGCGGCGGUGGAGGUGGACCCGUGCGUCGCAACCGCGCCAACACUGGCCGUGGCCGUCGUAAUGCCGAACCAUACUCCCGCAAGAACGACGAUGAUGACGAUAUGGGUGAAGGAUCGGGCAAUAAGUCUGGCAAGCGAGCGUCCAUCUUGUCACGCUUGGGAGGCCGCGUGAACAACGAAGAAGCGGGCCACAAGAUCUUUGUGACGAACUUGAAGUUUGACGUGUUGGAAGACGACUUGAAGGAGUUGUUUGGCACGGUGGGCAAAGUGUCCAAAGCCGAAAUUGUGUACGACAAGUCUGGCCGCUCCAAGGGUACGGCUCGCGUGUGGUUUGUGCGUCGGAAUGACGCCGAGCAAGCGGUGAAGCGCUACGACGGCCGACUCUUGGACGACCAAGCGUUGAAGAUUGUGCUCGACGACGCAGCCACCAGUGGCAACGGCAACGCCAACCCCCGCAACAACAACAACUCGUCGCAACGUCGCCACAACUCGAACGAUGGCAACAACGUGCGUCAAGGCGUGUUCGGCACGGCGCUGGACGAUAACGAUGAGCCCAGGUUCAAUGUCACGUUCGAUGGUGGCCGAAGAAACGGCGGAGGACGUCGCAACCGCCGCGGCGGCGGAGGUGGCCGCAGCAACAACAAAUCGGCCAAGGACUUGGACAACGACAUGGACACGUACCAUGCCGACUUGUAG